AUGGGCUCCUCUUGGCCAUGCUGCUGCUGGCAGAGGACUGAAAUGGGCCCCAUUUGGUCCCAGCUGGUCCCAACCUGCUCUCUGAAGCCAGCCCUGCUGCUGGCCUCAUUCCUCUUAACAGCAGGGCUGGCCCUGGCUGAUGCUGUCGCCAGCUGCCCAGUCCUGUGUACCUGCCGCAGCCAAGUGGUCGACUGCAGCAGCCAGCGCCUUUUCUCUGUGCCUCCUGACCUCCCACUGGACACUCGAAACCUCAGCCUCGCCCACAAUCGCAUUGCCACUAUCCCACCAGGCUACCUUACCUGCUACGGGGAGCUCUGGGUGCUGGACCUACGGAACAACUCCCUGGUAGAGCUGCCCCCUGGGCUCUUCCUCCACGCUAAGAGACUGGCCCACUUGGACUUGAGUCACAACAACUUCAGCCACAUCCCUGCUGACAUGUUCCUCGAGGCUCAAGGGCUGGUACGCAUUGACCUGAGCCAUAACCCAUGGCUCAGAAAAGUCCACCCGCAGGCCUUCCAGGGUCUCUCCCAGCUCCGAGAACUUGACCUCAGCUAUGGGGGACUGGCCUUCCUCAGCCUUGAGGCCCUGGAGGGUCUGCCUGGGCUAGUGACCCUGCAGAUUGGUGGGAACCCCUGGGUAUGUGGCUGUACCAUGGAGCCCCUCCUGAAGUGGCUGAGAAAUAAGAUUCAGCGCUGUACAGCAGAUUCCCAGCUGGCUGAGUGCCGGGGCCCCCCAGAAGUGGAGGGUGCCCCACUGUUCUCCCUCACAGAGGAAAGCUUCAAAGCUUGUCACCUGACCUUGACCCUAGAUGAUUACCUAUUCAUCGCCUUUGUGGGCUUCGUGGUCUCCAUCGCUUCUGUGGCCACCAAUUUUCUCCUGGGGAUCACUGCUAACUGCUGCCACCGUUGGAACAAGGCAAGCGAAGAGGAAGAGAUCUGACUCAGUUUCCCUGGUCUCCCUUUAUUUUGCUAAGUGCCGCUACCACCAACAAUGCUAGGCCAGCAAGGAUGAGAAAAUCACAGGCCCCAUUCCGUGCCAGCUCCAUGGUUCCCCACUCUAGGCA